CUGAGUGUGUAGUAUUUGAUAUUGUAGGUGAGUGAGAGUGAGUCACUAGGCAUCAUUUAUGCCUGAAUUAUUCAUCUGCUGAAUAUCAAAUAUAAAGUCUAUUGUAUGAUAGAUAGAUUAUACUACAAUAUUAUACAUAAUUGACAAUAUCAAGUGGACCCAGUCGAUCAUGAAGAAUGCCCAACAGUCCCAGUACUCUGGUUGCCUCGCGGUGUCAUGUACAGCACAGCAACAAAGACAUUCAUUCAGCUGAAGAUUACAUGACUUACUCUGUUUGUUUGAUGAUUCCUUCAGCCCCGAUCGACUCCUUCAAUAGUGUAGUCCGCAGCUACAGAUCACCCAUCAGGUUUCGUAGAUCCCGUCAGGUAGAUCCAUCCGAAGACUCAGAUCUCCCGGCGUACGCCUCAGGCAGAGAGAGCGCAGGACGGAGAGUCGGGGGAGAUCGGGGGUCGGAAGCCCGCACGAAAGAGCAGGAAACGCAGAAAAAGCAACAUUCCGCCAAGAGCGAAACUGGAAUCAUUGACAAUAAGAGAUGCCAGUGGGCUUGGCAGAGGCAGUGGAAGGGAAACAGUCGGACAGAAUUGCCAAGGACUGUUGGUGGAAGUAACAGUAAGGGGGACACAGACAGCGAUAAUAACGUCGAUAAUUAA